GCCGGAAGAGUGUUGCGGCCGCGGGCUGUGAGGUGAAGGCGCCGGGCGGCUCUCUGCAACAUGUCGUCGGGCGCGCUGUUCCCCAGUCUGGUGCCGGGCUCCCGUGGCUCGUCCAGCAAGUACCUGGUGGAGUUCCGCGCGGGGAAGAUGUCGCUGAAGGGCAGCACCGUCACCCCAGACAAGCGGAAAGGCCUUGUCUACAUCCAGCAGACCGAUGACUCCCUCAUCCACUUCUGCUGGAAGGACCGCACCUCGGGCAGCGUCGAAGACGACUUGAUUAUUUUCCCCGACGACUGCGAGUUCAAGAGGGUCCCGCAGUGCACGACAGGCCGCGUUUACGUGCUCAAGUUCAAGGCGGGAUCCAAGCGGCUCUUCUUCUGGAUGCAGGAGCCGAAGACGGACAAAGACGAAGAGCAUUGCCGUAAAGUGAAUGAGUACCUGAACAACCCCCCAAUGCCCGGGGCCCUGGGCGGGAAUGCAACGGGAGGCCAUGAGCUCUCGGCGCUGGGAGGUGAGGGUGGCUUGCAAAGCCUUCUGGGAAACAUGAGCCAUAACCAGCUCAUGCAGCUGAUUGGACCAACGGGCUUAGGAGGACUUGGUGGGCUUGGUGCGCUGACUGGUCCUGGUCUGGCCAGCUUACUGGGAAGUGGGGGACCGCCAACCAGCAGCUCAUCAUCAAGCUCUCGCAGCCAAUCAGCUGCUGUGACACCAUCUUCCACUACUUCUUCUUCUACACGUGUCACACCAGCCCCGUCUGCCCCUGCGGCUGCCUCUGUAACCAGUCCCAGCCCUGUGCCAAGUUCGGGAAACGGAACCAGCUCGGCAGCAAGCCCAACUCAACCCAUUCAACUGAGUGACCUUCAGAACAUCUUAGCCACUAUGAAUGUACCAUCUGGAGCAGGGGGUCAGCAGGUUGACUUGGCUACUGUGCUGACUCCUGAAAUAAUGGCUCCCAUCCUGGCAAACGCAGAAGUUCAGGAGCGAUUGUUGCCUUAUCUUCCGUCAGGAGAAUCUCUGCCACAGACUGCGGAGGAGAUUCAGAACACUCUGACAUCGCCUCAGUUUCAGCAGGCAUUGAGCAUGUUCAGCGCUGCCUUAGCUUCAGGACAGCUUGGCCCACUGAUGAGUCAGUUUGGCUUACCUGCUGAGGCGGUCGACGCAGCAAACAAAGGCGAUGUAGAAGCAUUUGCCAAAGCAAUGCAGAACAGUGUCAAAUCAGACCAAAAGGAGGGAGAAUCAAAGGACAAGAAAGAUGAAGAGGAAGAUAUGAGUUUAGAUUAAGUUAUUUGCUGCUCCCAUAUGGAUAUUCCUAGAUAUUAACUUAAGCAACUUCAGUAGAAUUACAGACUAACUUCAUAUUAUGCUUAUAUUAAAUCUACAAAUAAAGGGUUUUUCUUUUAUCUGCCA